AUGUUUGAUCACGAUCCACAGUACACCUACUCGCAAGAGUACACUCUCGAGGAGGAGGACGAGAGUGAGGAUGAGGACGUCUUUGCUUUUCUCCCACCCUCAACCGCGGACGGUCAGAACAACCCACAGCAGGAAUUCCGUUCCCAGCAGCCAACAUACGAUAGCGAAGUUGCUCCUGGAUAUCAAGCGCAGCCCCAGCCGCCAACAGCACCGACCCCGAGCGAACAUGCCGCCGCGACAACGGCCCCAGCUUAUCCCUCACCUACGUUUGAUCCAUACGCACGCUAUCCCGCCGACACAGUGGCUUCUUCGACUGCCCUCGUCGGCUUCCCACCCUCCGGUCCUUCUUCGCCUUUACCACAAGGAUUGUCUCAAACGCCGAGCACCAAUAAUCCAUACAUGACCACCUUACUCACCCGAACCCCCAGUACAACUUCACAUCGCUCAAUACAUAAUCGUAACACAGGGCCUUAUACGCAGCCUUACACCUAUGGCACCAGCGACCCCCCGCCAUCCACCGAUAGCGACGCGAACGACGACCCGUACAGAAUGCGGAAAAUCAGUUCCAACAAAGAGCACGCAAUUCCGACUACAGCGACGACGAUGAGCCACCCUGGUACUGCUACAACAAAUGCAUCAUCCCGUGAAGUACGCGUUUCCCUGCCUUCCGGUCAUGGUCAGCACGAAAAGGAUCUGGAAGCAGUGAGGGAGACGCCGAAGCGUAUGACGACUGGCUCUACGGACGCCGACUCGCUGAGCUUGGGGCCCAGCUUGAUUGAGGACUAUGACGAGAGUAGAGAAGGAUCCAUCAAGAUGGAGUUCGACUUCGAUGCUAUCGAGGAAGAGGAUAGCCCUUACCCCGAGGUUAGGGCCUCCGUGUCAAACAUCGACGAUCCCGAUAUGCCAGCGAUGACAAUUCGAAUGUGGUUUGUCGGGUUGUUCUUGUGUAUGAUUAGCAGUGCGAUGAAUGUUUUCUUCAAUUUCCGUUCCCCCGCUCCAACGGUUGUACCACUGGCACUACUCUUGGUCGCAUAUCCUUUUGGAAAACUUCUGGCCUUCUCCCUCCCUAUCACGACUUACCGGCUCCCACUCCCCCCACUCCCUGCAUUCUUGUUUCGAUCGUCGCCAUCGCCUCCUACAUCAAUCGAGUUCUCGCUGAAUCCUGGCCCGUGGAAUAUCAAAGAGCACGUUCUUGUCUAUAUCAUGGCCAAUGUCGCGGUCGGUUCGCCCUACGCUCUCAAUGCUAUAGUUGUCUCCGAAGUGUUUUACGAAAUCGAAUUGGGCUUCUGGUUUAAUUUGGUGUUGGUUCUUGCAACGCAACUCACGGGUUUCGGGCUGGCCGGUCUUUGUCGGAGAUUCUUGGUCUGGCCUGCUAGCAUGGUCUGGCCGCAGAAUUUGGUUGCCUGCGCACUUCUCAACACGCUACAUGCUGAAGACGACGAAGGGACCGGAGGCAUUUCAAGAUAUAAAUUCUUCAUGUUAGUUACUGGGGGUACAUUCGUGUAUUUCUUUCUCCCUGGUUUCCUGUUCCAAGCCCUCUCCAUCUUCUCAUACAUUUGCUGGGCAGCACCGAAUAACGUCCCGGUGAACCAAUUAUUCGGCGUGCACUCCGGCUUGGGAAUGGGAGUCUUGACAUUUGAUUGGACGCAGAUAAGUUGGAUUGGGAGUCCGCUGAUGGUACCGUGGUGGGCUGAAGUCCAUAUUUUCUUCGGAUUUGUGCUGUUCUAUUGGAUUUUGACACCAAUCUUGUACUACACGAACACAUGGUAUCUCGCCCAUUUCCCCAUGUCUGCCAACGAGCCGUACGAUCGUUUCGGCAAGUCUUACAAUGUCAGCAAAGUGUUGAAGCACGAUGACACCUUCGACCUCGAGGCAUACAACAAUUACUCGCCAUUAUAUCUUCCGGCUACCUACGCCAUGACGUACCUUUUGGCCUUCGCGCUGAGCACAUGUGUGAUCGUGCACACUGCGCUGUAUCACGGGAAGAGCUUAUGGAACGGCGUGAAGAAGAUGAGGUUGGAGCAAGAUGACAUCCACGCGAAGUUGAUGAGGAACUACCCCGAAGUGCCAGAUUGGUGGUAUGCGAGUGCAUUUAUCUUGUUCUUCUGCUUGGCCGUGGUCGCAGUUGAGGUUUGGGAUACCUCAGUCCCAGUUUGGGCCUUGCUAUUGGCAGUCCUCCUUCCUGUCGUCUACAUCUUGCCUUCUGGGUUCAUCUACGCCAUGACAGGUCAACCAAUUUCCCUGAAUAUCCUUGCUCAAAUCAUUCCGGGCUCGCUGCUACCGGGUAAUCCUCUUGCGAACAUGGUGUUCAAAGCGUAUUCCGUACAAACUUUGACUGCUGGUACUUCCUUUGUGCAAGAUCUCAAGCUCGGCCAUUACGUGAAAGUCCCACCGCGCGCAACCUUCCUGGUUCAAUCUGUUGCAACGAUCUUGGCUGCGUUCAUCCAAGUCGGUGUCAAGCACUGGAUUUUCACCAACAUCGAAGGAAUAUGUACACCCACUCAACCAAGCUCGCUUACUUGCCCUCACAAUCAAGUCUUUUUCACCGCUUCGGCUGUUUGGGGCCUCAUUGGGCCAAGUCGACAAUUUGGGUCUGGAUCAAUUUACCACCCACAUCUCUAUGCUAUAGCCAUCGGCGCGGUUUUGCCUGUACCGUUCUGGCUAUGGCAGCGCCGAUAUCCCGAAUCUUGGGUUAAAUAUGUCAGCACACCGGUCAUUCUGAACGGUGUCGGCGCGAUCCCUCCCGCGACCGGUAUCAACUACUCUUCUUGGUUCCUCGUUGGCUUCAUCUUCCAAUAUCUGAUCCGGAAGAGAAAUUUCGCCUGGUGGAGCAAGUUCAACUACGUGACUAGCGCUGCUCUUGACAGUGGCACAGUCGUCGCGCUCAUGUUGAUUUUCUUCACGUUACAGUUCCCAAGGAAUGGCACGAUACAAGUUGAUUGGUGGGGUAACACUGUCUUCCUAGAUACCGCGGAUUUCAGGCGUGAAGCACUGCGACCAAUUCCUAUAGAUGGCAUUCGGCCAUGA